AUGAUGUUGUCUCGUGGAUUUCCGGUGGAAAUGGACAGCAUUUCGACAAAAGCAAUUAUGUUUGUAAGCCCGCCUACCAGGAAUAAACUUUGGAAGCCGACUUAUUUGAAUGUGAACGCCAGUGAAUUCGUGCCCCGCUCACAAAGUGACCAACGACCGCUGACUUCCUUGAAUGCAAACGCUCCUACCUUUGUUCCGGAAUCGCAAAUGUUGUCUCGAGGUUGUCCAGUGGAAAUAGACAGCAAUGAGACACAUGCAAUUAUGAAUGUAAACCAGCCUACCCGGAGUAAACUUUGGAAGCCGACUUAUUGGGAUGUGAACGCCAGUGAAUUCGUGCCCCGCUCACAAAGUGACCAACGGCCGCUGACUUCCUUGAAUGCAAACGCUCCUGUCUUUGUACCCGGCCCGCAAAUGUUGUCUCGUGGUUAUACAGUGGAAACAGACAGCAAUUCAACAAAUGCAAAUAUGUAUGUAAACCAGCCUACCCGGAGUAAACUUUGGAAGCCGACUUAUUGGGAUGUGGACGCCAGUGAAUUCGUGCCCCGCUCACAAAGUGACCAACGGCCGCUGACUUCCUUGAAUGCAAACGCUCCUGUCUUUGUACCCGGCUCGCAAAUGUUGUCUCGUGGUUAUACAGUGGAAACAGACAGCAAUUCAACAAAUGCAAAUAUGUAUGUAAACCAGCCUACCCGGAGUAAACUUUGGAAGCCGACUUAUUGGGAUGUGGACGCCAGUGAAUUCGUGCCCCGCUCACAAAGUGACCAACGGCCGCUGACUUCCUUGAAUGCAAAUGCUCCUAUCUUUGUACCGGGCUCGCAAUGGGAUAUGAACGUUCUCGAAGUUGUGCCCUGUCCUCAAACUGACAGUGGAUUAAAUUCUUGGAGUUCUUCUACACCUAGCUCUGAUUGUGAUGAAAAGGUGGAUACAGUGGAACAUCUUUGUGUGCGUUGUGAUAGAAAAUUCGAAAUGACUCAUGAUGGGGACUAUUUACGGGAAGAGUCGUGCGUUUAUCACUGGGGUCGUGUUGCUGGAAACAAAUUUGAAUGUUGUUCUGAAUAUGUGGGGGCUAAUGGCUGUACUACGUCUCGUUUUCAUGUAUGGAGUGGCACAAAACCCGGAAUGAAUGGACCUCUCGAUGGAUAUGUGCGUGCGCGACAUCGCCGCGGUGGAGCUUAUGCACUAGACGCAGAAAUGUGUUACACGACCGCUGGCCUCGAGUUAGCGUCAAUAGUUUUCAUAGCAAUCGAUGGUCACAUUGUUUACAAAGAGUAUGUGAAACCCACCUCGCCAGUUGUUGAUUAUAAUACUCGUUUCUCCGGUAUUCGACCCCACCACCUAGAAACAGCUACGAAGACACUGAAAGACGUGCAAAACGACAUACUUGGAUUUGUGGGCACAGACACAAUUUUGAUUGGUCACGCAUUAGAGAACGAUCUCAAGGCGUUAAAGUUGCUUCACAACGCUGUGGUGGAUACGAGCGACUUGUAUCCGCACCCAAGAGGACUUCCUUUGCGUCGAUCACUACGUGCUUUAUCGAUCGAAAUACUCGGACGUCCAGUCAAGGAUAGAAGAAGUGGUGGUCAUUCACCUGUGGAGGAUGCCCGUACAGCUUUAGACUUAGUGUUUGUGUUGAUUGAUCGAGAUCGAGCAACUGCCAAACAAAAGAUGGUUCAUCGAGAUCGAGCAACUGCCAAACAAAAGUUGAUUCAUCGAAAUCGAUUAACUGCCCAACACAAAAUGAUGCAUAGAAGUCGAACACCUACCUACCGAACAUCAAUGGUGCGUAGAAAUGGAGCAACUACAUAUCGAACAGUAAUGGUGUAUAUAAAUCUUACAACUGCCUAUCAAAAUGUAACAAGCGCUUCGAAUAAGUUGUCUCUUGUACAGCGAUUAUAAUCCAUUAAUAUUCUCGACGACUUAGGUAAGGACAUAAUUUGUAACUGAUAAGAAUGGUUGAAAUAUGUCAAAUAUACUAUUUUGGUGACGUCACGUUACCCCAGAUCGCGAGAAAGGAAAUGUCGCUUAGAAUAAGUUGCCUGUGUUGCAAAGAUACAUCUCAUUUUUAUUUUUGAUUACUUUGUAUUGAUAUGAAUUGUAUUUGAUAACAAAUUAUAUGUUAAAUCCAUACUUAAUAAAUUAAAAAAAAUGUUUAUAAAAAUGUUUAUAUUAAUAACACUGUUAUGUAUGAUGUUAUAAUUUUUUGACCAAAAAAUAUACUUAAAACAAUAUGUAUCCGAUAUUUAGUCCUGACACUUUAGAUUAUAAUUAUUUGCCAUACAGAUCUAUAUUAUACAUAUUGACAUUGUAAAUUCAAUAAUAGUUAAAUAACAAGACUAUAUAAAUUUGCAUGCUUGGUAAUAGGUGAAACAUGAUGUACAUAUUACAAAAUUUACUCUGUUAUCUUAUUAACCAUGUUUGUGGCAAAUAAAUAAAUGAAAUGAAAUCCAAUGUACUUUUGUUGAUGGCAUAACGUUGCCGAAGUUCGCUUACAAAGAAUUAUUGUAUGUACCUUCGAAUUGCAGAGCUUGCAAUAAACGUAAUAUUUUUU